CACGCCGUCAGUCAUCUCCAAACCCAACCCAGCCUCCCACGACAGCUUCACUUCUUCCUGGAACCUCUUAUCUUCCUUGCGACCCUUCUUGCUUCAUUUCCUCCAGUUUCCGCCAGGUCUGUCUUUAUCAUUCUCUUCCUGUACACCUUUUCCCCCUUGGUCGCAUUACCCUAGGGGUUCGUGGCAAGCUCGAUAGCCUGCUGAAGCAACACCAUCCUUCACCAACCAGCGCACUCCUUCUCCGCCGUUCGUUCACUUUCCACAUUUCGCCCCCCGUUGCUUCGAACUUUUAGACUUGAUGGCAUAGUCGUGCCAUAUUCCAUUGAAUUCAUCUUGCCUCGAUACACCUUUCGAAUUAAACAUAAUGGAGCCCACGAGCCCAGAAUCUCAGGAUAUCGACAUGAACUUCCAACCGGAUUGCGACCAAGUCUACCCCGAACCGCCUCCUCGUCUUGCGGCUCGUAUCUACCGUAAAUCGAGUGCUCGCCGGAAAUCCUCGGCCAAUUCCUCCCGCCGAAGUUCACUCUCCUCGAUUCACUCCCACUCCUCCAACCGGUCUAGCCAUGGCGGUCCUGCCAGCACACACAUUGCUCAACAUCUACGGCGGGCCUCGAUCAUCGAAAGUCGAAAGGCCCGACUGGCAGACAGAGCGGCCCAUGCGGAACAAGUCAGAUUGAGGGCAGCAGCCGCCAAAGCUGCUCGAGGAGUCUCAUACAGCGAAGAGAAGGCCUUGGCCGCACAAGCCGCUCGAGAGAAGAUGCUGGCUGAAAUCACGGCCCGAUGUGAAGAAGAAGUCCGACGGGCUAAGAAGAUCGCUGAAGAGACAAAAGAGCGGAAGGCUGCCGAGCUGGCCAAGCUCAAGGAGGAGAUGGCAGAGAAAUUCGCAGAGGCAGCGCGGAGGAAAUCCAUCUAUCAGCAAGGCAUGCGGAGACCGAGAACGACUUCUUUGGCCUCUGUCGAGGAAAAGAAGGUGUCUCCUUCGGCCCUGAAACAAUCCAGUCGGGGUUACGCCGCGAAAGUCAUACAGCGAGCAUGGAGAUCCUACCGCAGCCACAAGAUCACGACCGACUUUGCUGCCCUAGAGCUGGAUUUGAACCGCGCCCGGACGCUAUCUUUCGAGGAUCUAACGAGGCUCCUCUCAACGGACAAGACUACAGCCAUGACCACACGGCUGUUGAAACACAUUGGAGUGUUAGAAGACGGACAAGAGCAUGCGGGAGCCGUCCGUAUCUUCUUGAGUGCAUACCUGAUUUUGUCACACCCAGUGCAGGCCCUCAGCCACGGUGGCAAUCAACCCCAUGAACAAGAGUUGAUGACCAAGGCCAGUGCUUUGGUCGGAGCGUUCGAAUCACAUAUGAAGAUCAAGGCGCCUAAGUCACGGCGAGAUACGUCGACCACCACCAGAGAUGCUCUGUGCUUCGCCUUUAACGACUUUUCGGCCACUUUCCAUGCGUGGAAGAGCCAGGACAUGGGUGUAUUGGUGGACAUUAUGGUCAACUCCUUUGUCAACCUUGACCUCAUCUUGCAGGCGACCAAAGAUGAUCAGGAAGGGCAUGUUGCGCAGGACUACCUGGAUGCAGUCAGACAAGAACAGAUCAAAUUGUUGGCCAGGCUGAAAAGGCUGGCCGGACCAGAGGAAGCUCUGUCAAGGGUGAGAACAGCUGUCAGAAAGGCUCGAAAGCAACGAGUCGCCGAACAGCGUCCAGAUCGUAUCGACCAAGUCCCACGGGCAUCAACGCCUGUCAAUGACAGUAGCAUGACCGUACACGGAGCUCCCAUCACACCUCCUGCUACUCCACAGCCUUAUCAACGCGAACGCGACUUGAAAAGUACGACCUUUGCCAAUGACCUUGGUCAAAUCAUGACGGUCCUGCCUUCCAAUCGUGAGAUCGCUCAUGAAAUUUUGAUCAACGGCAGCUUUGAGGUACAGCAACGCCCAUGGACAGAUGCACGGAAGGACUUGAUGAUGUCGCUUCGCUCAAGCAUGCGUAGCAGCAUGCAAGAUGGCAAUAGCGAAGCUGCUGCAACCUGGACUCAUGCCAUGGCAAUACUCAUUCGUGAGAAGGUGAUGAACCUCGUCAGCCGUCGGCAUCCGCUCUACGACAGAUUUGAUGGGAUUUUGGAUCCAACCUUGAUCAGUCAGCAGUGCCGGAAUGGCAUGUUUUCAUACAACGCAUUUUUUGAGACCAUUUCGAGAUUACUUGCACAAAUCUGUUCGCCAGGACGUGACGAGCUCGUCCAGGCUUUUGCGAAUAACACGACCAGCGACACCAUCGACCGGCUGUUUGACGUUAUCAACAUCAUUGAUCUGAUGACUCUGGAUCAUAUCAAUUUUCAAUUCCGGCUGGCUGCGCAGGCUGUCCUUGAGCGCGGUCAUGAGCACGAAAUAGCUUCAUUUGAGAAGGAUCUUCGAGAUGGCGUCCAUACGCUCGAGCGGACGAAACAUUGGUGGUCAAGCUCUAAAGCCAACGUCUCUGCGAACACAAGUGGCAGUGUGGUGUAUGCCAGAGGGUUGACCGAUUUGGUUCUGCGCAAUACUCACCUUUGCCAUCGCGACCUGCCAGAGACCCUACAGCUCGAUUACAUCCGGUUGCUGAAAUGGAGAGCUCGUGCUUUCCAUAUGAUAGCUACAUCUUCCGUUCUUCUCACUACGAAGAUCCGACUAAGGCGCAACCGAGAGUCACUGUGGGCGAAAGACGCAGAACGGUUGAUGUCGUUAGACCUCCUCAGCACCGAUGUUUCCCGCGUCGUCUCAUUGAUCGAGUCAUCUCACAUGAUGCCAGAGACCAUCAAGGAGGGUUUGUCCAACUUUGUGGGUCGAGUCCUGCCUCCUGCUAUUGCUGCGGCCAAGAACGCAGAUACCGCUGAGCGAGAUCGCCAAGAUGCCGUUCAUAGCCAGUCUGACUAUCAUCCUUCGGAAGACGAGCCGACGAUUGCUGGAGACGUUUUCACGGAACAGAUCGCCAGCUUCUUGCUAAAAUCACUGCGCGAACACGUUUUCGCGAGGCUGUCUGCCACCGGGACUGCGGAGCGAGUUCGAACCACCACAAGUGCUGGGGAAAUACUGGCCAGAGCGGGCAUGCCAGAGUUUUUGGAAGAGGUCAAUCUUCUCGUCGAUGCGCUUGACAGGAUUCGCUCCGUCGAUCUUAAAGCUCAUGGCAAAUGGUACGAUCAGGUCGCUGCCGAAGUUUCAUGAUUGACGACUGCAUUGGAUUGUUAGUGAUGCAAAAUGAGACAGGUUGUGGUUACUACUGGCGCAUGUUUGAGCAGUUGGCGUCUGUUGCGGGACGAUGUAUUGAGGGCCCUGUUCGUGUUCGUGACUGUUCUGCAUCCCUGGACUUCGUAUGUCUCAUGAGAUUUGCGCAUACUGUGUACACACAUACACGACCACCGUGAUGACGGGGUUUGAUUGACGACGAUGAUGAUAUGAUGAACUGAUACAUCCAAGCAUGACUUGCAAUACUAUAUACUCCGCACUUUGUA